AGAUGGAGGCGAACUAGCGGCUGCCCGAAGUAGCAGUGUUUAGUGGCCGGGCGUUGCCAUGGAGACCAGCCUCCAGAUGAGGGCGUCCUUGCUGGUCUGGGCGGGUGUGCUGCUGCUGGUGGUACAGCCAGCCUCAGUGGACGUGAAGAGCCUUCGAGUGAAGGUUCCCAGGAUGGCUUUCCUGGGAGACGACGUGCAGCUGGAGUGCACCUUUCCCUGGACAGAUCCCAGCUUCCUCUAUUCCAUCAAGUGGUGGAGAGACAACGACCAGUUUUAUCAGUACAUCCCUAAGAACAAGGACCCCAAGAUGACCUUCAAUGUCUCGGGGAUCACCGUCGAUUCUCAAAACUCGACCGAGUUCAAGGUGACUCUGAGAAGCCUCAGCUUGAAGUCUUCCGGCAUGUUUACAUGUGAAGUGAUUUCUGAUGACAAUUUUGAGACCUUCAGGGAGUCUGCCAACAUGACGGUGAUAGACCCCCCGGACGGGAACAUACCAGGAAAGUACGGUCCUGUCAUAGAGGUGGCUGGGUGGGGUGGCUCCGGACCUCUGGAGGUGCGCGACGGAGAGCAGGUGGAGGCCUUAUGCCUGGCCAGGGGAGCUAACCCACCUGUCCAACUCUCCUGGUAUAGCAACGACACUAAGGUUCCUCGAGAGUUUAUGCGUCCUCAGCCGCCUCGGAUGGAGGGCUUCAACACAUACACGUCGUCGCUGCUGUUACUGGUGUCCGCGGAGAGGUUGUGGAAAGACCAGGGACAACUUGCGUUGCGGUGUGUUGCAGAGAUCCCGGGUCUCUUCCGUGAGACAGCCGAGUUGGAGCUGCACAAUGCAGCCUUCAGACGUGCCCAACUCUCCGGGCUCUUCGCUGCUGGUUCGAAGAAAGACGAGUCUCCUUUGCUGGUGACUUUUGUGGUUUUGGCGUUGCUGUUGCAUCAUGCUUCCACACUUACGAUGACUUGCUCGUAACCUCUGUGACGCCAGGUUUGUGACGCCACGUCUACAGUGGAAAUGGUCUCCUGGCGCGCCGCUCGUAGGCAAAACUAUCGGUCAUUUAAUCCCCUACAAUGAUCAACGAAGCACUUUCCACAGUGCCUCUCAAAGGCAGUGGACAAGAAAGAGGCUGGAUAAACCCAGCUAAAGUCCCCAGGUACUGCUCAAAGCAUUCCUCGACAUAUAACUUGUCAAGUAUUGAAGUCUGUGUUGUGUUUCUUGUUGAUAGUAGCUACAAAGAGUGACAUUUCAGCAUAUUCGCACGUUAUCACCAUAUAGAGUAGGCCUAUGGAGCUCCUAAUAUACUUGAAAAUAGGACUGACACUGAGUUUUGCAAGCGAUUAGUUUUUAGUUUUGUAUAAAAUAUUCACACACACAGUAUGUUUAAUCUUGUGUGUGUAUGUGUGUGUGUGUGUGUGUGUGUGUGUGUGUGUGUGUGUGUGUGUGUGUGUGUGUGUGUGUGUGUGUGUGCAAUGCCAGGCCUUUUAUUAGCACCACAAACUUCACAACCGGUGUUGCAACUACCACUGAUAAUUUCAAUUACUGCUGCUUACUUCUGCCACAACUAUCAGUGCUAAUUAUUAAAUAUAUUUACCUCAGAUAACGAACAACCCUAUUAUUGUUGAUUACCGCCAUAACUACCACAGCAUACUACCAAAAUUAUUAUUGUUGAUUGCUGCAACAAUGACCACAGCUACCUACCAACAUACUGCAACAAUCGCAUAUAACAGCAACCGCUCUUAUCAUAGAUGACUAUUAACACAGCUGCUAAUGCUGUAGCCACAGUUAUUCCAUUGAACUCAUACAGGAACAUUCCCAGCUUGACAACUCCUGUGGCUAAUUUUCUCUUCGUCUUCCAGACCUAACUUCUAACGUAGUUACAACUGUUACCUUCUGCAACUAUCGCCACAACUUUUGCAGAGACCCACCAUAGCUACAAUAGUUUACUGCCGCAACAACUACAAAAAGCUAAUAGACGCCAUAACUAUUGCAGUUAACUGCCGUCACAACAGCAGUUAACUGACAAAACUUAAAACAGUUAACCAUCGCCAAAACUACAUCUGAUUGUCGUUACAGCUGCCACCACUGAUUACUGAAUAAUUUCCAUUGUAAACGUAUUCAUCAGUAUUAAUUAAUGUCUCAACUACCACAGCUAACUAGUACAAGAACAAUAAACAUUAACAGCUGCCAGAUCAUCACAGUACUACCAUCAAUAACCAUUACCUACAACAAAUAAAACCUUCUCUCACAACUAUUACUUGCCAUCACUACUACAUUUACCACUGAAACCGUAAUCCACCACCACUACCAUAAUAACACACUACAACCCGUAAAGUCCACAAUUACAAUUUCCCAUCCCUUUCACUAUUAUUCACAACAAAGUCAUAAUAAUCAAUGUUACCUACAAUCACCACUUCCAUCCGCCCACACCAGCAGUGACACUAUCACCAUUAUCAGCUCCACUGUAACAACUUGCAUAGUCACGACGCAGCUUCUACCAUCCACUAUCACCACCACAAAAACGCUCAUAGACACCACUGAUACAGCUAUAAAGCCACUAUGCACCAUUUCCAGUGCUCACUCCUAGCCAGCACUAACACACUCACUAUCCAUUCAACCACUACAGUCGCAACCUGCAUAUUGCCAUCUCAGUAGCAGAUAUACAUCCAUCACUACCAGGAGAAUUAGCACUGUCAACACGGCUUCAAUCACCACUAGUGCAAAUACAACCAUUAUUAGCAUAACUAAAAAUACUACCGCUACCACUAUUAUGAAUAUAAUCGUUACCACCACCACUUCAACCACCAGUACUACAACAACAAUAACCACAGUUACUCCUACCCCACCAACAUUUCAACUGUCAUUAUGUAUACAUCCUCAGCUAUAACCACUACCAGCAGUGGAACUGCCAACAUUAUUGCAUGUACCACUUUUGCUCUUACCACCAUAUUCCUCACAACAGAACAGAACCAACAAAAGCGUGAUCUUUAAUAGGACUGCCACAGGACAAUGCAAACUCACAAUCUUCCUCACACCAGGAGCUAAAACGCUUACCGAAAGAUGUCGUUAACAGUUAUGCACCAACUUAGAAGCAAAGUAGAUGUGAUAACAAAGUUAUGUAAGAUUUGUCAUGAAACAGGACAAGUGUUUUUUAGUCAUAUGACCCACAGCUGGAGCUUUUGGUCAUCUGACAGGGGCCUUUCCCUGGCCUACCGGUCCACCCCUUGAAAAAUUACGCUUAUGUUUAUGUGAUGAAUUGAGAGAUACAUAGCAGAAGACCUUUAUUGGAACAAUUUUCCUGUCAGUCCUUAGAGACAAAAGUUGUCACUGUAAACAAAAGGCUUGCUCUGGUAUUUGUCUGUCAUUUUGUUUGUCUGAAGGACCCUCCUCAACCAUGAACAAAGAUAUUUGCUAAAUUAGUUGGCACAGAGACCAGACGACCCCAAAACACCAAUUUGCUGCACGUCAGAAUUUGCACGCGGCCACUCUUGCAAAUAUACCCAGAGAGAAGCUGUCAGCAUACCACUCUGUAAGUGGUGAUUCACGCCCACUACAGUCGCUACAUGGUAUCAUCUACGGCAGCUCUUUCCAGCACACCCAAGAGCGCGCGCACACACACACACACACAGCAAUAGAGCGACGGUUGACACACUGGCUGCAGUGGCCAGAAGAUCUCAUGCAUGCAGAGCAAAGCUCCUGAUUAUGGGUGACUUUAACCACAAGGAAAUCCAUUGGGAGAACUUGGAGCCACAUGGGGGCCACGAUACAUGGAUGAUGGCUAGGAUGAUGGAGGUGGUACUGGAAAACUUCAUAUACCAACACGUAAGGGACACUACAAGAGAGAGAGGAGAGGAUGAACCAGCAAGACUGGACCUAGUAUUCACCUUGAGUAGUGCAGAUAUUGAGGACAUCACAUACGAAAGACCCCUUGGGCCAGUGAUCAUGUGGUUUUAAGCUUCGAAUACACAGUAGAGCUACAAGUGGAGGGGGAAGCAGGAAGGCCAGGGCGAAUGAAGCCAAACUACAAGAAAGGGGACUACACGGGUAUGAGGAACUUCCUGAACAGGGUUCAGUGGGACAGAGAACUGGCAGGGAAGCCAGUUAAUGAGAUGAUGGAAUAUGUAACAACCAUGUGCAAGGAGGCUGAGGAGAGGUUUGUACCCAAGGGUAACAGGAAUAAUGAAAAAGCCAGGAUGAGCCCAUGGUUGACCCAAAGGUGCAGGGAGGCAAAAACCAAGUGUGCUAGGGAAUGGAAGAAAUAGAGAAGGCAAAGGACCCAGGAGAAUAAGGAGAGCAGUCGUAGAGCCAGAAACGAAUAUGCACAGAUAAGAAGGGAGGCCCAAAGACAAUAUGAAAAUGACAUAGCAGCGAAAACCAAAUCUGACCAGAAACUGUUAUACAGCCACAUCAGGAGGAAAACAACAGUCAAGGACCAGGUAAUCAGGCUAAGGAAGGAAGGAGGAGAGACAACAAGAAAUGACCUUGAAGUAUGUGAGGAACUCAACAAGAGAUUCAAAGAAGUGUUCACAGAGGAGACAGAAGGGGCUCCAGAAAGACGGAGAGGUGGAAUACACCACCAAGUGCUGGACACAGUACACACAACCAAGGAAGAAGUAAAGAGGCUUCUGAGUGAGCUAGAUACCUCAAAGGCAAUGGGGCCGGAUAACAUCUCUCCAUGGGUCCUGAAAGAGGGAGCAGAGGCGCUAUGUGUACCCCUAACAACAAUAUUCAAUACAUCUAUCGAAACAGGGAGAUUGCCUGAGGCAUGGAAGACAGCAAAUGUAGUCCCAAUCUUUAAAAAAGGAGACAUACAUGAAGCACUAAACUACAGACCAGUGUCACUGAUAUGUAUAGUAUGCAAAGCCAUGGAGAAGAUUAUCAGAAGAGUGGUGGAACACCUAGGAAGGAAUGAUCUCAUCAACAGCAACCAACAUUGUUUCAGGGACGGGAAACCCUGUGUCACAAACCUACUGGAGUUCUAUGACAUGAUGACAGCAGUAAGACAAGAGAGAGAGGGGUGGGUGGAUUGCAUUCUCUUGGACUGCAAGAAGGCGUUUGACACAGUUCCACACAAGAGAUUAGUGCAAAAACUGGAGGACCAAGCAGGGAUAACAGGGAAGGCACUAAAAUGAAUCAGGGAAUAUUUGUCAGGAAGACAGCAGCGAGUCAUGGUACGUGGCGAGGUGUCAGAGUGGGCACCUGUGACCAGCGGGGUCCCACAGGGGUCAGUCCUAGGACCAGUGCUGUUUCUGGUAUUUGUGAACGACAUGACGGAAGGAAUAGAUUCUGAAGUGUCCCUGUUUGCAGAUGACGUGAAGUUGAUGAGAAGAAUUCACUCGAUCGAAGACCAGGCAGAACUACAAAGGGAUCUGGACAGGCUGCAGACCUGGUCCAGCAAUUGGCUCCUGGAGUUCAAUCCCACCAAGUGCAAAGUCAUGAAGAUUGGGGAAGGGCAAAGAAGACCACAGACGGAAUACAGUCUAGGGGGCCAGAGACUACAAACCUCACUCAAGGAAAAAGAUCUUGGGGUGAGUAUAACACCAGGCACAUCUCCUGAAGCGCACAUCAACCAAAUAACU